UUCCUCGGUUGUGCGCUGCUGACUUGUCAGUGCAGCUAGAAACUGUGACAGCAUGGAUGAAACUGUGUCGUUAGAUUUGGGAGCAGAUGAUUUCUCCAGCGAUGAUCUCGACUCGAUAAUUGAAAAGCUACAAGAUCAGGACCCCACCUUUCUUAUAGGAAUAUUUGUCGCCUUGGCUGUCGUUAUCAUCACAGUAGUGCUUCUGAAGUUCCUGUUUGGGGGCAAGAGCAGUAGAAACUCGGUACUCCUAGUAGGACUCUGCGAUGGGGGCAAGACACUGCUGUUUAGCAGGCUGCUGUUGGGGGGGUUUAAAAGGACACAGACCUCGAUAGCAGAAAGCACCGCCACCUACAAGACCAAGGGUGAUCGGGGCGCCAGCUGGACCCUGGUGGAUCUGCCGGGACAUGAGAGUUUGCGUCCUCAGUUCAUUGAGAAGUUCAAGGCCUCGGCCAGGGCGCUGGUCUUCGUGGUAGACAGUGCUGUAUUCCAGAAGGAGGUGAGAGAUGUGGCUGAGUUCCUCUACUCACUUCUGACCGACAGCACCAUCGUCAACAACACACACUCUCUCAUAGUGGCCUGCAACAAGCAAGAUAUAAAGAUGACCAAGUCUGCUAAACUCAUUCAACAGCAGCUGGAGAAGGAACUGAACACUCUGCGUGUGACGCGCUCCGCCGCGCUGACCAAUCAGGACGGCUCGGUGGGAGGGGCCAUCUACCUGGGCAAGAAGGGGCGGGACUUCGAGUUCUCCCAGCUUCCCAUCAGAGUGGAGUUUAUCGAGUGUAGUGCUCGUGGUCAGCAGGGGGAGGAGGGAGAUGCAGACAUACAGGCACUCGAGACAUGCCUGUCAAAACUCUAGAAACACAUACACACACACACCAUGCUUGACAAAAUUGUAGACACACACACACACACACACACACACCUACACACCGGACACGUGCAGUACACACACACACACACACACAUUCACACAUAGACAUACACAGCUGGGCGAACAAGCAGACGCAAAAAUAUAUGCCCUUGAGACUGGCUGGCUAAGCCGAGCUAAGCACACCAAAUAAAUAUAUAAAUAAAUUAAUGUACACAUCACAUGC